AUGCUACAAUACGAACAACAGCGUGCUGUCGGAUACCCGACGUUCCCCGGCAAUAUCGAAGCGCUCUCCAUUCUGUCCAGCUCGCCGGAGCGAUCGAACGAAUCCACGCCUAGAAACACUGCCACUCCAGUUUCACCACCGCCAACGACAACACAAAGUUCAGAAACAUCAUCACACUCUUCGAGGCAGAAGCGGAGACAAACGCUGGCCGCGUGCCGUCCUUGUAGGAAACGCAAAUCAAGGUGUGACGGUGCUCGUCCUAGAUGCAACACGUGCUUAGAUAAGGCGACGCCUUGCGUAUACUCUGUCGAAGAGGGCAAGACACAACAACAAGCUUCGAGAGAGGAACUCAAGGCAUAUAGAGCGGUUGUGUGCAUGCUGCGAAAGGCUUCACCGGCCGAUACAGAUGUGAUACUCAAGCAUCUCAAACAGCACGACGACGUCAACGAUGCUGUCAAGCACAUACAAUCAGAAAUGAUGCUGCGUGGUGGUGUAAUUUCUAAUCAGGCAUGA